AUGGCCACCGAACUUUGCCCCGUUUACGCACCCUUCUUCGGUGCCCUUGGCUGCACCUCAGCCAUCGUCUUCACCUGCUUCGGAGCUGCCUAUGGAACUGCCAAGGCUGGUGUCGGUGUCUGUGGAAUGGCCGUCCUCAGACCUGACCUGAUCGUCAAGAACAUUGUCCCCAUUGUCAUGGCGGGUAUCAUCGGUAUCUACGGUCUGGUCGUGUCGGUCCUGAUUGCAAACGACUUGGGACAGAAGGUCCCCUUGUACACUGGUUUCAUUCAGCUGGGAGCAGGUCUCGCCGUCGGUUUGGCUGGUAUGGCAGCUGGUUUUGCCAUUGGUAUCGUUGGUGACGCAGGUGUUCGUGGAACUGCUCAACAGCCCCGUCUCUAUGUCGGAAUGAUUUUGAUUCUCAUUUUCGCUGAAGUCUUGGGUCUGUACGGUCUUAUCGUUGCUCUUCUGAUGAACUCCCGUUCGAGGAUUGAUGCCACCUGCUAA